AUGGCUAUGCAAGGUACUCCAGUCCUCGACAGGUUCCUGUCUGGGCUCGCGGAGCUCGUUAGGAACCGCGACGGCGCUCAACUCCAAGACUUUCUGCAGAUCGAACCUCCUUUGUCUGAAAUAUACCAACAGAUGGUGGAUGAGCUACGCCAACGAUAUCCCAAUGGAUCGCAGAAAGAAGUCGAUCUCCUACGGCGUUGCGAAGCGCUCGUCCCGCGCUCCAAGGGUGGCAGCUCAUGGACAGCUUUUCCGACCUUCAUGAAACUCUACUUUACCUUCCUCCGCGAUGUGAACGUCGAUAAUCUGCUCGAAACCUACAACCUGCUCAAAGGGCUGGUGAAUCAGUAUGGGGUCAUCGUUCUGCCGACCGUCCUUUACCUGUCCAAAGUUCUCGCGAAACUGGCCAUGGGUCUCGACCGGCGCCCGGAGUUGAUCGCACAUCUGCUAAGAAUGGAGGGUCGCCCCGACCAGGAUGAGAGCAUCGAGAAAGUAACACUGGUCGAGAAAUCCGCCAACGUGGUCCGUGAGGCGUUCAUCAAGUGUCUCACAGAUCGUAGCGGUACCCCGGGGGUCCAUGGCAAACCCGAAGGCAAGCGAAUUGGUAUCUAUCUCAUGGCCAACCUCUGCCUGAAAUUGCUCUUUCAGUGCGGUAAACUCAGAAAUGCGGAACAGAUGUUUGCCAGUAUCAGCGCCCAGUCUCCACCACUAAAGUACUUCCCUGCCUCCCAGAGAGUCACAUACCUUUACUACCUUGGACGAUAUCUAUUUUCUAACAAUCUCUUUUACCCCGCCCAAAUCGCCCUUCAGUCCGCAUACGACCAAUGCCACCACCAGGCUCUCAGCCAGAAGCGAGUCAUUCUGACCUACCUAAUUCCGUGCAAUAUGAUCAUGGGGCGUUUUCCCUCGUUGGAGCUACUCCAACGGCCCGAAUCUGAGGGACUGGCCGAUAAAUUCAUUCCGAUCUGUCGGCUGAUCGUUCGCGGCGAUUACGUUGCCUUUCGAGAGCAUCUUGCGUUGGACUCUUCGACCACAGAAUGGUUUGCGCAGAAGGGCAUUCUACUUGCUCUACGCAAUCGGUGCGAAAUCCUCGUGUGGCGGGCGUUUGCGCGCAAAGUGUUCAUCCAUGGGGGGUUUCACGGCGAGCCUCAAGGAUCCGCCCAACGCGGACCACCUCCGUUCCUAUACCUCCAUAAACUAGAAACAGCAGUGCGGUGGCUCCAAGCGCAACAUGCGCAGUCCUUGCAUAGCGGUCUCAGCUUUACCCCGUCGGGCCGCAGCCUCGACGCAAAAGCCGGCCACAACGAUCUCGGAUCGCAGUUGGUCUAUAAACUACCGGACCACGAUUUCGCUGGACUGAACGAGGUCGAAGGCGGGGUUUCCAAACCUGACCCGAACGUAGUGUCGCAGUACGAAGACUUCCUUAUGCCGGACGGAUUUUUCGACGUCAUGGGGCAAUGGCAGCCCAACCAGCCGGGAACCUUGAUCGACGGACAACCCGACGUGGACUACCGCCAGUAUGAACUCGACCCAUGUGCCCAUCGAGUUGAGUUAGAUUCGGCAUCUAACCAAGGAAAGCCAACGGCCAUGAUGCGAGAGCUCGAGUCGAUCCUGGCGUCUCUGCUUACCCAGGGCCUGAUGCGCGGUUACUUAACACACACGAAUCCUCGAUUCGCCAUUCCUGGCGCACGUCUGCGGGGCGCCUUGCCCACAGGCUUUCCGAACGUCUGGCAGACGAUCUCCGCCCGGGAAUCUGAGGACGACCGUGUCCCUGGUUGGGUCCAACCUCCGUCGCCCGUGGCGGGCGGCGGCCUUGCCGCAGCUGGCGGAGGUCGCGUGGUGAAUCUCGCGGGUGCACGACCAGUCGGCGCGCAGUGA